AUGACGACCGCCGUCGCCGCCGCCGCCAUCCCCGCAGGCAUUGUCUUGCCCAAACUCGCCGCGUACAAUGUGAUCGAAGCACACUACAAAGUGGUGCAAGGCGUGCCCAUCCCCGCCUCGGUGUUCAUCCCCAAAGACAUCCAGCCCGGCAGGCACCCCGUCCACGUUCGCUGGCACGGCGGCUGCUUCAUCACCGGCCAUCGCGCCCUGCCCGACUGGUUUGGCGCCUGGCUGCUCGACUUCUCCCUCACCCACAAUGCCAUCCUCAUCUCCCCCGACUACCGCCUGAUGCCGGAGUCAAGCGGGCUCGACAUCCUGGACGACCUGCGCGACUUCUACACCUGGCUGUCCACCCCGGCCAACCUCGCCUCUCUCCUCCCCGCCGGCGUGCAGCCCGAUGUCGACCACUUGCUGGUGACGGGAGAAUCAGCCGGCGGCUGGCUGGCGCUGCAGUCCGCCCUCCUCCCGGCCUCGCGCCCGCGCAUCUCCGCCGUCAUCUCGCAGUACCCCAUGAUCGACCUGCGCGACAAGUACUACACCACCGCCUACGAGAAGCAGCUCUUCGCCCCCACCGCGCCGCAGCUCGACCCCAGCGUGUUCCGCGCCUACGUGGACCGCAUGACGCCCGGCGCCGUCAUCACCAGCGCUCUCCCGCCCGACCGCUUCCAGCUGGUCGUUUCCAUCCUGCAGCAGGGCUUGUUUGGCAAGUACUUCGGGCCGGACAGGCGGCUCUAUCCGAUGGAGGCAUUGGACAGUCUGACCGACGGGGAGGAGUUGCCUCCUACGUGGGUCAUGCAUGGCACUGCCGAUACCGGUAUCCCGGUCGAGGGGACAUAUCGGUAUGAGAAGCGCUUGAAGCAGCGACUUCCCCGCGCAAGAACGCUAUUUCAUUACGAAGAAGGAGCGGACCAUGGGUUUGAUAAUGCGGAGGGCGUGGGGCUGCAGACUGAUUGGGUGAAGAAGGGGGUGGAGUUUGUCGAGCAGUAUUGGCCUCAGCACUGA